GUACGUCAUGCGCUUCAGUGUCAAGUACUACGCGGCAGAGCUUCUCAACGCUCGACUUUUCCAGACGCCAGAUCGGGUGAACAGUAUCCAGAAGGAGAUGAAGGAGUCAGUCGUGUACAGCAAGGACCCGCAGACCAUCGACUCUGUCACCAAACUCAGUGCGGCCCACCUGCAAAUUUAUGUGAGAAGCUCUUGGCUAACCUGUCCAGAUUCUUCCACCACAGCGGCCCACAAGGACUUUCUGUCAUUGGUUGUGGAUCCCUGCCUGCGUAUCAACGUGGCCACGGUACCCGAUUGCUUUGCAGACAUUGUCGCCAAAUUCUCCAUGUGCAUUGCAACAGGCCAGGCCACAGAUGCAGACGCAGCCAACAUCAAAAUUGCCAGCACUGCUAUCCAAGGACGCUUCGAUGGACAUCCUUUGAUUCAAGGGAUGGCUCUUCAAUUGAGAAGGCUGCUGGACAAACAGUCCAGAGGAGUAGCUGUUUGUGGAAGACGAAGCAACGAGUCUGAUCGAGAGACGACCUUGAUCGCUGAUGCGGGAAUGGCUUUGGCAAUGAUGUGUGGGAACAAAGCACUGGCUCGCGAGUUUGGAAUACCCAGGAGUUCCCUGUGUGUCGGCAUGGACAAGUUGAGCAAGCUGUCCCUGCCGUGUCCUGCUUUGGCCCUUCAUUGGCUUGACAAGUUGGAAGAGAACUGUAAGCUCUUGGACCAAAGAUAUGUACUGCAUUCAGGACGGUUGAUGUGUGCCUUCGAUGCCACCUAUUUGACCCAGACGCUAUGCCAAAUGACUCUGCGCUCGCAGCGUGGGCUGGCUGGAGCACCAUGGGAUCCAUCGCUGAAGCAGGAGGUUUUCUAUGAUUUGAAUGACGAAUCAUUGAACCUGAAGGAAGUGAACAAGGCUGACAUCGUCUACGAAUGGUUGGUGUGGGAUCCUGUGGGAUUGCAAAAGUUUCCACUUUCCGCAGCAUCAAUGCCUAUGCAACUGGCUCGUUCAGGCGGCGGGGGGGGGGACCAGGUGCAGAAGCGAGAGGAAAUUGGAGCAUGCUACAUGCCAAUGGCUUAUUCCUGA